AUGCAACGUGAGUUGUUAUCGCUGCAGAAUGCUGACGCUGCGAUCCACGCGACACCGCCUUCUCCGGCACGUCAACUGCAAGCGCAGCAAGAUCAACUACACGCAACUGACACCGAUUUGCGGCGGGUAAAUAACCCGCUGCCUGCGACCUACACCGAGCGGACACGUGACGCCGCGUGCCCACUGCGAGCCGCCGCCCCCGCGCCGCCGCGCCCCGCUGCUGCUGCACCCUCCACCACCAGGAGCCAGCAGGAGGCCGCGCCCACGCCCCCCCGCCCAUGCCCCCGCCCCCGCCGUCGCCGUCGAGCCGCGCCGCAAGCUGCACCCCAGGUGACGCUAGCAGCUGCAGGAGCUCCGGCGGCGCCCCCCCGUGCCCCGCGCCACGCGGUCGUCGACAAGGAUGGCUUCAUCUUGGUGGAGAAGAGGAGCCCCCGUCGCCGCAACCGCAACAAGCGCGGCACUGCCCCGGCCGCCUGCUCGCUGAAGGCCGCCACGCCCACGGUCGACAUCUAA